AUGUUCCACCCCGGCGGUACUGGCUACUUCGUGCCUACCGCAAUGCCGCAGCCAGCACCGAGAGCGUACAUUGCCCUGCCAUCUGCUGCAGCUGCGGCACAGGUUCGAAGUAGUCCCAGGUGGCCACAGACCGCUGCGAUGCCACGUCCACAAACUGCCCUCCAUGGCGCUCUUAUACAAGGGUAUCCACAGCCUUCUGUGCCUGCCAGACCUCGUCCUACGUCCGGGGCCUCUCAGAAUGCGAACAUUCGAGCGCAGGCCACGGCGCAGCUUGGUCGGCCAAUCACUGGGGCCCAAGUGAUGCAGCAAGCUCGAUUUGCAGGCGUCGGUCAGCCGGUUCAGCGCCAGGGAUUAACGCAGACGUCUUCUGCGUUGAUUGCCCAGCAACAGCGUGCAGGCGUUCAGCCUGGUCCAGCGUCUCAGCAAGGUUUCAAAUAUACACCGAACACCCGGAACAUGCCGCAGCAGGCUCCACAGUAUCAACAGACCAUGAAUCAGUCGCAGAUUCCGCCCCAGCAGUCAAUAGUUAUUCAUGGCCAAGAACCCCUAACAACUACCAUGCUCGCAGCGGCCCUACCCCAGGAACAGAAACAGAUGCUUGGUGAGAGGCUGUUUCCUCUUAUCUCGCAGAUGUACCCCGACCUUGCCGGUAAGAUUACCGGCAUGCUGUUGGAAAUGGACAAUAGUGAACUGCUAAUGAUGUUGGAAAAUGCCGAGCUGUUGAAGGCAAAGGUCGGUUAA